CCUUUAAGUGAUUGUCUUGACCCAAACUAUGAUCCUCACCAAAACCUAACAAAGCGUCUUUUGUGCUUAAACCCAAACCAGACCUUAACCGCAGCGUGUCACACCAUAAAACUAUCGGCUCGCGAGAGUUUAAAGUCUUGAAAUAGCAAACUUACCUGUACGUGGCCAAACUUUUCUGUGUCAUUUAGGCUAUAUAUCAAAUACACCUGCUACUCUACUGGGUUAAUUAAGCAGUCUACCAGCCUGCUUGGCAACACCACAACGACAUUAUUUCAGUAUAUUAUUUCACGUUGUACAAAAAAAAAAAGUUACACGCGCAUGGCAUUGUCAUGGCACACAGGAGAAGACGACAACAUUCACUUCCAGACCACAGUGAUAACCAUGCACCCAACAACAUGGACCAGCUUGCUUUCAAAUACAUGGAGAUGUGUAAAGUGGAGUCCAGCACUGAUUCUGACUCUGAGAUCAGCCCAAGAUGGUCAGACACCAGCACUAUGGGAUGUGUGAGCAGUGCACCAGAGAGUGGGAGUUUAGGGCGGACAUUGCCGUUAGUGCACAAGCCUGCAGGAAGGCAUGGCUGUUAUUCUUUGUUUUUGGAUCCGUACGAUGGGAGCUCCGAGGAUUCUGAUGAGUCAAACAUCGAUGUGGGUGUUUCCAGCAGGCGAACAAGGCAGCAGGGAAAAGGUGGAUUUCGGUUCUCAGGUCGGAGCAGGCGAUUUAUCCUUCAUCACUCUCCCUCUGUUGUCUGCAAAGAAGUUGUGACAAAUGGGAUGAGAGAUGUCCAGAUGAAAUGUGGGAGUGACUCUGAGCUGUGGGUCUGUGAGCUUGACUCGCUGCCCUCCCGCAGUGACAGGGAUGGUAACAAAGAUCUUACAGAAGAAAUGACAAAUGAUUCAACAACACACACCCAAACUAUGGACAUAAAAUUACAGUGCCAACUUGAUGAUUCGGGCUUGCAUGCUACAAGAUCCUCCACGCCUCACACACCUGGAUGUCUAACCCCAGUGGAAAGGAGUUCAUCCCAGAUGCUAGACAGCUCCUCGGAGAGAUCCCCCAGCCCCUGUAACCUCCGAUUUCUUUACAAGAGAAAGCUGGGUCUCCCCGGGACAGAAGUGGUGGAGUUGGGGCAAAGAAAGAGGCAGUGUGUUGUUAACAUGGAGGAUGAGCCAGAGGGAGGGAACUCUGCAUCUGAAGCAUGUUAGAGCCACAUCCACACGGCUAUGGGCCUGUAAUCAUAAAGCCUUUUCAAGGUUGGAGCACUAAAAGACCUACAGGUUCCCCAAAUGAUCGAAUUUUGAUGAUCGGAAAAGCAAAGGACAUCUUGUAAAAUACAAAAGAGCUCUAGUUACGAUAGAUGUGACUGGCAGACUAAACUGAAAUUAUAUGAAUUGCCUUAUAUGAUUUGAGGUGGAAAGAAAUACUGUGAAUAGUUACUUUAAAAUACACUUUGUUUAUAAGUAUGGAGAAGCUAUCAGAGACUUGAUUUUUCUACUUGAGUAAUUAUGAGCAUCUCAAAGAUGUAUUGAUUGUCUCUUUUUGAGUAAUUAUGAUUUUUUGUUGGGGGAGUUACCACUGUAUUCUGGGUCUCCAUGAUGGAUCAAUGUACAACCUUAUAGAUAAUAUAUUUUCUCACAGAUGGUUCCUUUUUUAUUGUUUUUUCUAAUAAUAACUGAUAAUGAUACUGGGGUAUUCUGUCCUCAUCAUAAGCCAAAUUUAUGUCUACUGCUGCACUGGACAGUAAAGUUUGAACACCUCAAUUUAAUUAUGAAGAUAAAAUUAAUUUGUUGGCAUUCAGCAGUUUGAUUACUGUACAUAUUCACUACAUUCUAGUGUUGUUUUUAAGCCAUUUCUAUAUAGUUUUGGCUUCAUGUUUGGGGUUGUUGUCAUGCUGGAAAAUAAACUUAAGUCACAAUUCA